AUGAACAGGCAGCUGAAAGUAAAAAAACAAUUUCGUUCUUUCGUGUUACAUUUAAAAAAAUUACAUCCAUCAUGGAAACCGAAAGAUAUCAUAAAAUUUCUUCUACACUCCGAAAAUCCACCUUCCUAUACAAUAACAAAUGCUUUGAGGCUCAAAGUUUGGAUAAUAUUGAAGAGAAAUCAAGUAAAUGAUUUAUCAAGAUUAGGUACACCUCGUACAACAGCAACAAUUGAAUAUAUUCAAGCUGUAAAAGAAGCUAUUCGAUUAAAAAGAAAUGCACCCAUCAGAAAUGUUAAUGCAAAACUUCAAAAAGGAGAAUAUAAAACAUCAAAUACUUUAAUUGCGAGAAUAAACAAAUUAUUAGGAUUGAAUGGUACAUUUACAUUAUAUCCUCAAUACAAUCAACAUAAUGAAGGCAUGUAUGCUGAAUCAAUACUUGAUAUUCCAUAUGAAUUAAAAACGAAAUCAAAAGAAAAAUUUCAAAAAAGUAUUAUGUUGUGGGGUGAUAUUUCUUAUCAAGGAUUAUUCCCUAAACAAUCUCCGAUCUUCAUUGAUAAAUGGUUAGACUUGAUAAGACCACAAAGUGAUGAUAAUCGUUAG